AAAGAGCACCCACCCAACACGGCAACAGCUACAGGAGAUGCCUUUGGAGGCUGAGGCAGGGUCAGAGGGUAAAGGCGGUAUACCCAGCAUCCUCGAUUUUAGAGUACACAGCCAUCUUGGAUCUGCGAGGAGAAGAGAAAUUAAUGCGGUGACUAACAGCAUGUUUAGUGCUACCAGAAAGAGGUUUGUAGAGGGGGUGGAGAGUGACUACCCCGAUGACACUAUGUAUUAUGGCCAGUCAUCCAUGUUCCCACAUCCGUCAGACAAAGACAUGCUGGCAUCUCCAUCCCCAUCGUCGUCAGGUCAAUUGUCGCAGCUUGGUGCCAGUUUAUACGGGCCACAAAGUGCCCUAGGGUUCCCUAUGAGGGGCAUGAGCAACACUGCUCAGUUGAAUCGUAUUCUACCACAGGGCAACCAGCUACCGAGCCACGUUACCCCUGCCACUGGCGUCGCCCCCACAAUGUCCCUCCAUACUCCUCCCUCGCCAAGCAGGGGCAUCCUACCCAUGAACACGCGGAGUAUGGUGAGCACCCCUCAGCAGGUGGGGCGCCAGGAGGUCAUGGUGGGGGGCAUGCCUAGUGGGGGCAGGACCAACAGCCUGGGCAGCUCGGGCCUGGGCAGCCCCAACCGUGCCUCUCCCAGCAUCAUCUGCAUGCCCAAGCAACAGCAGUCACGGCAACCUUUCACCAUCAACAGGUAA